UCUCUCUCCCCCCCCCCCCCCGCCCUCACACGCGUUGCAUGCGUCCGUCCCCGCGCCGGCGGGCGGCCGCCUGGCUGCUGGCGCUGCCGUCGGGGCGCGGCGGGGAGGAGUGCGCGCGGCGCGGCCGCCUGGAGAUGAUCUCGUUCUGGCUGCUGUGCUGGAAGCUGCUGAGAGCAACAGCUGGGCUAAGGCGGACGCCAGCUGAGCUAACGGAUGGUAACCCCGACAACGAUAACUAUAACGACUCCGCCCGUCCAGGACAGUCAUCAGAUCCAGUUACCAUGGAGAGCAGUUCAUCUCCACCGGCAACACACACGGAUAGUGAAAACUCGGGGCAAAGCCUUUGGGGCGACCAGGAAGCGGAGGAGCACCAUUACACAGAGGUCCAUGGGCUGAAGCAGCCAAUCGGGGACGAGCAGGACGAAGAAGAGGCUGCAGGGAAAGAAAAUGUCGUCAGGGAUGCAGAUGAGUGUGAUUACCUUGUGUUUGCAAUCGGAGAGCGAAAUGGGAAUGAUAAAGGAGAUGAAAGUGGACAGGACACGGGUAGAGGAGGAGAUAAGGUAGAAGAUGGAGAAAGAGGGGAAACAGAAGGAAAGGAAGAAGGAAGUGGAGCUACAGUGAGGGAAGAUGGAGGAAGAGGAGGUGAAAAAGAAGAGGAUGAAUGCAUAGGAGAGACAGUGGGCGAGAUGAGUAAUGAUGCUCCGUCAAAGCUCCUCCUCAUCUCUUGCAGCCCGGAGCGUCUUUCAUCAUCAGAGCCCCUGAUGGUCCCCUCAUGUCCCUCAGAGCAGCCCAUGGAGGCCAUGUUGCAAGAGGCCUUAGGUCACAACAUUGGCGAAAGAGAUGACCUCAGUGACGUCCAGCACACAGGCUUCCCCCAAGCUGAGGUGGCUAGUGUGUACUCGGACAGCGACGCAGGGGACGGCCAGUGGGCUAGCUUUGCACGCUGUGAUGUCACCAACCAGGAAGAAGCAGGCGGAGGAAUUCACAAUACCACCUGUGAAGGAGAGAGCAAGGAAGAGGAGGGAGGAGGAGCCGAUAAGGGGAGAGCCGAAGAACAGUUUGAGGCAGAAGAAGCGAGUGAAACACAGGACCAAAGGGAGGAGGAGGAGGAGGAGGAGGAGGGGAGCAGACACGUGGAUGAUGAAGAGCAGAUGACGUCCAGGAGAGAUCUAUUUCCACGCACACCUUCUGUCAGCUCCACGGGCAGCUCCACAGAGCCUGACAGAAAGGCUCCCGUGGAUCUCUGUGUCCAAGAAGAGGCCCACAGUGGAAACGUCUCCACUGAGCAUGUGGACUUUCUGUUGGCCCGACAGCAGUGGAGGAAGAUGGAGGAGGAGGUCAAAGGUCAGCCAAUCCCCAAACCAGGCCUCAGAGCUCAGGGGAGCUUCCAGGGCACCCACAGCUCCCUGUACCCGCCCACUCGCAGCCCCCGACUCAAACACAGGGAGAUCCAUCCUGCAGCGGCCAUGGAGCCCACGCUGUCCUCCACCCUGUCCUCCACCCUGUCCCCCGGCUCGGAGGACUCGGGCCUGGAGGAGCCGGAGAGUGCAGUGGAGAGAGAGAUCCGCCGGACUCUGGAGAGGGAGGAAUGCCACCGGAGAGAGAGGGGGGGGGUCACACAGGGCCUCACCGUACCCAGAGCCUCCACCGGGCAGAGCGGACGAUCUCCCCCCAGACCUCCAGCGUGCCGCACCCCUACACUGUCCAUCUCCCCUUCUCCUUCCUCUUCUCUUCCCCGAUCUGUCUACCAUGAGAUGACGGCCAAUAAUGUCAUUAUCCUGGAGCCCGGCUGCUCCGGCUCCACCUCCAGAAACCUCUUACUCUCCUCCGCCACCGAUUGGCCGCUUAGCCAGGAUGCUGUGCCCUCCGCCAACGUCAUCGUCGUUGAGACCUCUAACGUGAUCAUUCGCAGCGCAUCCGAAUUCUGUCUAAGCUCCGCCCCCGUGUCCGCGGAGACCCAGGAGAGCACCUUCUCGUCCAAUCCGUUCUUUAAGCUACGCUCCAUCAGCAGCCAAUCGCUGGUGGAGCGGGAGAUCCGCAUGGUGAGGCAGAGGGAGGAGGAAUGGAGGAGGCAGCGGGAGGAGAUGUGGAGGAGGAGGAGGGAGGAGGAGUGGAGGAGAGGGAGAGAGAGGUACGACACCGUGCUGGUGUCUCCUGGCCUGAGCGAUAACAUCAGCUACAACGUGCCAGAGGUCCUAGAUAGAUGUGUGUCCUCUCCUUCGUCCCCCUCCAGGACCCGCAAAAUGGAAAGAUCCAGCAUGUCUUGUGACCACAAGUUGGACUGAUUAAUGAUGAAAUCCUUUACAUUUUAACAAACACAUUCUUUCAUCAUUCAUUUUGUCGUCUAACCAUCACUUGCAUUUGUGCGUCUAACGAUUCCUCCAACCAUCCCGUCCUUUGUUUAUUCACUUGGCUCCAUCCAUCCUAUAAUCCAUCCACUCAUCAUGCUCCAGUGGUUCAGCUGAAUCUUCCCCUCCCUCCAGUUCCCCUCAUCCCUCUCUCUGACGCCGAAGCGACCGAACGCCAUGGCGCAGCGAUGGGAGGCCUCCCUAUUAGCCAAUCAGAAGAAGGAGUGACCAUUUCAAAGCCCACAAUGAGAUCCGACGCCUCCGUUCCUUCCUGCUUCUCUCCAGAAAAGUCACACGGUGUACUGUAAGGUCUUUGAAAAGGUGUGGCUUGAACCCGUGGGUCACAGAUGUGCUGUCUGCGGGACGUCCUGUGAGAAGAGGACUGGUCCUGUCCAACAGCUUUGUUUCAAAGAGUAAGGUUUGGCUUUCCUUAAUGCUUGAACGUCUGAAAAGGUCCUGCUUUCAAACUCAAACUGGUCUGCUGCAUGAUCUGUGAAACAUUGGGGCACAAUGCCACACGUAGGACAUUGUUUAUUAUAGAUAAUAACUUCAUUGACUCAUUCACAAUACUAACCGCAGUCAUAGUACCACCACUGUUUUUGACAUGUCAUGCAGACUUCUAUGUAAACUUUAGAAACACAAUAUUUAUUAUUACCAGUAACACAAUUUGAUUUCGAGCUAUUUAUAAAUGAUGGCAAACAGAUAUGCAUUGAGUUGUAUGACUAUGAAAAAGGUCUUGGCAGUUGCAUUUUAAUUUUAGAUAAAGUAUGAAUUUAGUCCCUAUAUUUUUGAUGUGAUGAACAUAUACAGCGUAUAUUUUACCGUAUUGUAGCUGCGUAGGGGUUUGAGAAGUGACAUUCAAAAAUGAUUUAGCAUGUUCUUUACAAAUGACAAUUCAUAGCAUUUAAGUGCCAACUCAGACUGAAAAAAUCACUGCCUUAAGCCGCUGAGAACAGCACACACACACACACACACACACACACACACACAGAAAGACAAAAAAUGAAUCCAUCAUCCAUUUCGCACAUCAUCUCUUUUCCACAAAGGCAAAACACGUAUUCAAGUAUAAAAAAACUGUCCUAUUUUAUGGAAAAUCAUUUUUUAUGGAAAUGUAAGAAUGGAAACUGGCACAUUCUUUCCCCUUGUUAUGACCCGCCCUACUCCGCCUCUGAUUGGCUGCUCAUCGUGGCCUUUGGUUUGGUUGUGAGAUGAUGAAAAACGGUAGAGCCACAGGGACGGAGCCGGUGGCUCAAUUAGCUUACAGCUAACGGAGGUAUAGUUACUUUGUUACUUUAGCGGUAUUUCAAAAUUAUAUAAUUAACUCGAGUAUUCACAUGGCUUUAAAAAAAGCUGUCAAUUCCACAUUUGUAGCCCAAAGGUUUUAUGCGUGGAGCACACUGUUGUUAUUGCUAUAUAACUGUCCGUGGCUGUGAUGUUCAAGCAAUAUAACUGAAGCACUUCUAAAACAGAGAUUCUAAUCCAGUCUAGUGAAGACUUUUACAUAUUUUAUGUCAUGUUUUGAUUCCUAAAAAGAGAAUUGUUUUAUUGAAUUUGUGCUGCAUAUAUUUAUUGAAUCGGGACAAGCUUAUGAAUCCUUAAAGCUUUUAUUUCUAAAAGGUUCAUAAUAUAUUGUGUCAGAAUGGCUGCAUGAAUUGAAGGUCUGCGAUGUUUUUUAGAUGGAUCUUUUCUGUGGAGUGUGUGUGCGUGAUAAUAAUAAUAAUCCAUCCUCAAUACAUCGUACAUAAAUAGAAAUCCUUCCUCCUUAUUUUGUAGCUCCAGAAGGAGCUCACUGGGUUCCUGAUGAACUCAACUGUCUAUUACAGGUGCAUUCAAGUCAACUCAGAAAUAAGAGACUUCACCUGCCAGGUUGCGAAUAAUACCAGGCGAGUAGAAUGCUAGUGGGUUUUUAUGAAUAUAUUCUGAUUGUGCUCUGAGCAUCGAUGUGAUGUAACACUGUGUUAAGGAAUAAACUCUCCAUCCGCUAAUAAAGUGCAUUUCAGCUGUGA